UGGCCAGAGUGACCCCGAGAGCGUCCAAGGACCCAGGCCUGUGACCGAGGGUCCCCUAGAGAACGAGCGAGUUAGAGGAGGCCAAAACAACAGAACCCCAGGAUUGGGGGGUGUCUCUAAUUCAGGAGGGCGCUGGGGAGAAGAGGGGAGUCUCUUGGGGUCCCCAGAGAGCAGAGGAAGGGGAACACAGAAGCAGUAAAACGAAGGAAGCAGAGGAGGAGGGAGACGUCAAGGCAACCUCAAGAGGGACCGAGAUGCCUCCCAAGGGGGCUUUCGAAUAAGCGAAAUCCGCAUUGAUCAUUCAAAAUCCCUUUUCGGGGGCGACUGACGUCCCAUUUUACAGGGGACAGUUCCUUGAGGUUGUCUUUUGCCCAGGACCACGAAAGUCGGAGCCGACGGUGGAUUUAGGGGGAUGAGAGAGGAAACAGAUUCAGAGAGACCCUAAUUUCUGGACAGUCAUGAGCACCCGGGCCUCACGGCCCCGAAGCCGGCGAGGGAGACCCCUUCCAUCUGAUGUUCUGGACACCGUGGCAGAGACCUCAGAGGAGAUGGAGGUAACCAGCGGAAGCGCCAAAGCCAGCCCUCUCUCAGCUCGAGGGAGCUUCAGCCCACACCCCAUGGCGGAGGUCGGUGGCCAGGACUUAGAGGACAGGCCCACCAAGGAGGCUGAUGGAGACCCCAGCGAGACACUGGCGUCAGCGCCUCAGGAGACUCCCGAGCCUGCAGAAGCCCACCAGGCUCCCCUACAGGAUGGGGAGACAGUCCCCCCGGGAAAUGGGGCCCCCGAUGUGUUUCAGACCCUCCAGCACGCUCUCAGCUCCCUCGAGGCAGCUGCUCUGGCCUGGCGCCAUCAGCGGCCCCCAAGCAGUCCUGGGCCGCUGGACGAGGCUGACUGCAGACGUGAAGGGGGACCAGGGUCCCCCAGGGAGCAGGAGGGGGCCGGGGGCUGCGAGAGGGAGGUCGCCCGCUUGGCAGAGAAGAACGCCUGGUUACGACUGGCCCUGGACAGCCGGGAGGAUGAGCUGCUUCGCACCCAGGCCUCCCUGCAGGCCAUCAGGGCUGAGAAGGAGGCGCUGCAGGAGCAGGUUCAGGAGUUGCAAGAUUCCCUGCUGAGGCUGGAGUCUCUCCCACCUCCCUCCCACAGCCAUGCGGGUGGUUCCGGCAGUGGAUCCAGCAGCUCUGGGGCAGACGGGGAGCCCUGGCGGACUCAGCAGGUGUCCUCUCUGGCUCAUUCUCUGCUCCAGCGUGUACGGAGUGAUGUCUGCACCCACAUGGUUGGGUCUCUCCCACCCCAGCCCCUUGCCUCUGAUAUGCACAUCAUGGAAGCCCAGAUAGAGCAGCUCCGGGGAAACAUCGAGAAGCUGAAGUGCUUCAACCGACUGCUGUUGGCUGUGCUCCAGGGCUACAAGGGCCGCUGUGAGGGUCUCAGUAUGCAGCUGAGUCAGCGCGAGGCUGAGGCCACAGCACUGCACCUGGCCUUGCAGUACAGUGAGCGCUGUGAGGAAGCAUAUGGGGCCCUGCUUGCGCUGCGGGAGGCCGACGCGGGAGCUGGGGACGAAGCCAGCGUGGGCAGCCUGCAGGCGGCUGAGAAGGAGGCUUGGAGGCUGCUGGCACAAGAGGAGGCUGCCAUGGACAGAGGGAUACUGCAGCACCCACAGCCAAGCCCUGAGGGCAGCAGUGUGGACAAGUCCACCCCGCAGGAAGUGGCUACCCAGCUCCAAGCCUACGUCCAGCGUCUACAGGAGCGCCGUGCUCUGGUGAAGAUUCCCCCGGAGCCUGGUCCCUCCUUGGCACUCUUAUGCACGUUACCCCAUGCAGAAGCCAUGAUCCAGGCCAUCCUGGCGACCCAGCCUGGUCCAGCCCUGCCUCGGCUGACGAAGAUGCAGAUCCAGCAGAACCUGGUGGCCACGCGGGAGACCCUGGCUGACCUNNGGCUCCGGCUGCAGCUGCUGCGGCGGAAGAAGCGGGGCCUGGAGCUCCGGGAGGCCGCCCUCCGAGCCCAGGGUCCGGCCCUCGCGCUGGUGCUGGAGCAGCUGCAGUGGGACCGGGCACAACUCCAGGACGCAGGGGCGGACAGCAGUGGCGAAGACAGCAGUGGAGGCGCGAGCAGCGGGGACGAGGAGGCGGUGCAGGGUCCCCCUGCUAUUCCUGGUGGCACCAGAGUUACGGACCCUGAAAAAUUAGCUCCAGAACUGGCUGCGUCCUUCUCCCGGAUCCAGGACCUGCGGAAGCAGCUGCAGUCUCUGCGGGAGAAGCUGGAACAGAUGGCUCAGAUGGGGCGAGCCCAGAGGGCUCAGAGUGCAGAGCUGAACAGGGAUCUGUGCAAGGCUCACAGCGCCCUGGUCCUGGCCUUCCGAGGAGCGCACCGGAAGCAGGAGGAGCAACAGCGGAAGUUGGAGCGGCAGGUGGCUGUCAUGGAAGUCCAGCAGGCUAAGGAGCUGGCAGUGCUGGAAGGCAGGGCGAGGUUCCUGGGGAAGCCCCGGCCUCUCUGUUCGCCUCCCCAGUUAGGGGAGACCAUCCUUUAGACCCCCAUCCCCAGCCCUGUAGGAACGCACGGUCGUAGCAGGUCUGUCAUGAGCUAUCCUGGAGUGGGACCAGCAGGUGGAGUAACAGUUACGUCACUGGAUUCCCAUGUAGUCGAUGACAGUUCGAGUCCUGG